CAACAAUCGAGCAGGAAAAUGUAUGGAGAUCUGUCAAAUUCCGUGUUGUUUGUAUGGACACAGUACCAACGUCAUUGGUUUGGAAGCUCCCUUCACCUGGUUUCGCUUUGUCUGCCCGGUUCCCCGUCCUGAGCGUGUUGCUUCCAUACGAGUUUCAACUUGUCGCCGGUAGCUUCUUACUCCUCUUACGAGUUGUUUUUUCUUCAACGGUAGUGAGUGGUUGUGCAUCAGCCAUUUUCAGUGUUUUGUUUGGUGCAAUCAAUACUGUAGUGAAUAUUUGUUUGGCGUUUAUUUUUGUUUUGGUCGUACAAAUCAACUAUUUCAUCGAAGUUUCAGGCUUAUUUCAAGCUAACACAAGUUUCGAAAGCGAUAUGUACUCAAAGAAAUUGAGAAGAUCGGGGCAAUUCGCUAAAAUUCGCCGAGUCAACCAAACCAAUUUUGAACGUGAAAUGCAAGCAUUGAUGGAUCCCUCACCUGGCCCUUCAGUUGUUCCUACUUCGAUUGAAGAAGACUUUGGCAUGCCAGAAGGCAUUGAUAGUGAUACUCAACUUUUGGAAGAUGAUGAAGACGUGGAAUCUAUUCCGUCAACUAAUACUGAUGCGGAGAGUGAUACCGAAGAAGAAAGCGAAAAUGACUUCCAAAAACCAUUUGAAACACUUCUUAGACUAUGGGCUCUUUCAUGCAAAGUUCCGCUAACAACUUUAACCAAACUGCUGAAAUUGCUUAGUCAUAAAACGGAUUUCAACCUGCCUAAAGACGCCAGAACGUUUUUAAAAACUCCUAUUCUUAUUGGCAAUCAAAUAGAAAAUGUGGCUGGUGGACAAUUAUGGUAUCGUGGAGUCGAGAAAACCCUAAAACAAUAUUUUUGCCAAGUUACACCCGCAACGAGCCUAAUUAAUAUCAAUCUUUCCAUGGACGGAUUGCCGUUACAUAACAGCGGGCCAACACAAUUGUGGCCGAUUUUAAUGACGUUGCCGGAUUUUGAUCCAAUGCCAGUGUUGGUGGUAGCCAUUUUUUGUGGAGCAUCAAAGCCAGAAAAUGCUGAGGGCUAUCUUCGUCAAUUGGUGGACGAACUAAACCAUCUAUCAGACCAAGGAACCAUUAUUAAUGGAAAAAUGAUAGAUAUUCAGUUACGUGCAAUAAUUGCUGAUACACCUGCGCGGUCGUUUUUAAAAGGUAUAAUGGUUUGAUUGAAAUGUUCUAUCAAAAUAAACUAAUCCGUACCUUUUACUUUAACUUUUACAGGAGUUGCGUAUCAUAAUGCAGUGCACGGAUGCAUAAAAUGUAAGAGUCUAGGCACUUUUAUUAAAAGCGCACGAAAGGUUGUUUAUAAAAGUGUUCAAGGUGAACCUCGCACUGACAAGGAACUAAAAGGCGGUGUGUACAAAGAACACGUGAAACGCACAUCUCCACUAUUUUAUUUGAAUUACUUUGAUCUUAUUGUUGGUUUCAUUAUCGCUGAUCUACUUCAUCUUAUAGAUAUAGGAGUAUUUCGUAAAUUGAUACAGGGUUUUGUCACUGGCGCGCUCAAGCCUUUUCCAAAAUGGUCACCAGAACAACAAUCACAGGUAUCAGCGCUGUUACUUAAAAUUAUAUUUCCCAGCGAUAUAAACAGGAAACUACGUUCAUUGAAAUAUUUGCCCUUUUGGAAAGCUUCAGAGUUUGGAAGCUUUUUACGUCACGCAAGUAUUCCAAUACUUAGUCGUUACAUAAGUAAACAAGCUUUUGAACACUUCAAGUUAUUUUAUGUCGCCGUCAUAUUUCUAUCUUCUUCGAAAUUUGAAAAACACUGGUUAUAUGCCGGGAUUUUAUUAGAAAAGUUUGUUGCACAAUUUGCAACCAUUUACCACGAAAAUCAUGUUACAAGCAAUGUGCAUAAUCUUCUCCACGUUGUAACUGAUGUAAAAAAUCAUGGACCUCUUCCCAAAAUUUCCACUUAUCCUUUUGAAAACAAGUUGUUUUCCAUGAAAAAUUUGGUAAGAAGUGGCCCAAACCCAUUAGCACAAGUAGUUAACCGUGUGAUAGAAUUACAGGAAAUUGAAAUUGCUACAAAACGUUCUGAGCAAACAUAUCCUUUUACAAAAAUAACUAAACAGGAAGUAGUACUGCACAUAAACAAAAAUUUUAUGCUAAGACAAAGUCAUAAUAAUUGUUGGUUUUUAACUAAAAAUCUAAAAAUAUUCAAAUAUGUAACAACAUUUGAAAUAUUGGAUUGCGUUACAAUUAAGGCAUAUGAAUUUACAAAAACGGCGAAUACAUUUUCGGAACCAGUUCCGUCAAGUGUAAUAUACAACUUUAAAGCUAAUGCUACAGAUUUGUCAUCGAAUUUAAGUGAUGUAUGCAUUGCAGAUGUUAUGUGCAAAUUAGUGCUUAUAGAUUUAGGUAACGAAUUUUAUUUCACUCCUUUGUUACAUACGCUUAUUUGAUAAAUUUAGGAGGUUAUUGCGUAAAACAAAUAAAUUUCUUAUGUUUCCACAUGA